GCGACCAGGUAAAGCGUGCGAAACCACGUGAUUUGUGUUAAAAACCAGUAAUUUUUUCGCUUAGAGUGUUCCCUUUGAGAUUCGAGUUCGGCAAUUAAAAAUUUUCUCAUUUGUGGGGAGGUUUUCAAAUGUGUAAAUUUGUACGCAGAUAUGGCAGUAGGUGUACUUUAUGUAUUAUGGUUCCGCGUCAUAAAUCGAUUUAAGCAAUGAUUCAACGUGUACAGUGCCUGGUGCUGCUUUAAUAUAGCGAUUAGUCGGAGCCCAAAUAUUGCUCCAAACUCAAUCAAAUGUCAUCGAAACAAUUGUGGGACAGAAAUCCGAUGAAAAUAACUUGAAAACGCACCAUUUACCCAUUUAAUCCACUAAAGACACUCACACAUCUCGAAAGGGGAAACAAACCAUGCGAAGUGUGGUGGAAAUAUCACCUUCGAACUCUAAUUUGGACUACUUAGAUAACGAUUCGCUAACAGAAAGUGUCACUGUUACGAGCGACUUGGAGGAAACUCAAAUCAGCUCUACUUCGCCUACUCCUACAGUAGUUAUCAUCGAUGAUAACCUACUUUCAUCGUAUUCUUCUUUUAGCAAUUCAAAUGCCGACUGUUGGGACAGCUCAGGAAGUAGCGACUGUAGCGCCAAAAAGUAUCCUUCGUGUGAGCUGACGAGUCGACCUUUGUAUAAAUCUCAAUUAAAGUAUUCCAAUCAAAAUGGCUGCAGAAGACGUAGAAUGGGGCUUAGUUCCAAAGAACGUAAUAUUCGCAGAUUGGAAAGCAACGAGAGGGAAAGAAUGAGGAUGCAUUCGUUGAACGAUGCUUUCGAACAACUCAGAGAAGUGAUUCCUCAUGUAAAAAUGGAACGAAAGCUGUCGAAAAUCGAAACGCUCACAUUGGCGAAAAACUACAUUAUGGCUUUAACAAAUACCAUUUGCGAUAUUCGAGGAGAAGAGAAACCAUAUACGUUCCUAGAAGCAGACAGUGAUAACACCAAGUAUAAAAAUGUUACCAAUAUUGAAACUGAUGAUGAUUCUACAGCAUCGUUACGUCAUGAAGAUAUUUACCAUUUAUUGUGAUUUAUUAAGGUGAUACUUAAUAGGAAGGAGCCAGACUUUUCAAAAAUCUCGUAUAAGGUAUACAAUGUUGCUGCGGUGUAAAUAAUUAUCUAUGUUGAAAAAUACCUACCUAUAUUAUUGUAUAAUAAGCACGAGUUUUCAUGUUGUUCCUUUAUUGUUGUUAUUUUGUUAAUGAUUUUUUUUUUCAUGUUUGUUUUUAAAUUCUGACUUUUAUGAACUUUAUAGUUACUGACCCAGAUUGUUAUGUGUAGAAGUUGAGACAAUAAUUCCCUAUUUUUUAUUUUUUCCAUUUUUAAAAAACUCGGGCUGCGGUUGGCCUCUCAAUUUUCAAAAAUUUGAAAAAAAAUCCAACUUUGAAGAAAAAUUAAAAAAAGUCGAGUUCUAACACUUCUAAAAAGUCUCUUUUGAGUAAAGUUAACUUCUCAUGACGAUAUUGCCCCCUCCUUGGAAAACCAAGUUGGUCCUAUAGAAUAGUUGAAAUUCGCAUUAAAAAGUCAUUGCUCAUUUUGUGUAAUUGGGUAACUGCUUGAAUUAAAAUGCAUAAAUUGUUCAUU